AUGACUCUUCAAUGGACAAUUGUCGCACUCGUAUUAUACGCAGAAAUUAUUGUUACUUUCAUUCUUUUGUUGCCAUGGAUUAGACCAAGUUUGUAAGUUUUUUGUUGUUGUUUGCAAGAUAAUUUUAAGAAAUGAAGAUUGAGAAAGAAUCACGGACAAAACGUGGACUUAAGUACUGAAAAGUCAUUUCAUUAAAUAAAACUGGAACAUUUUCAGGUGGAGCAAAUUAUUCAAAAGUCGACUUUUCACUGCAUUAUCUCAACAUGCUCAAAUCUAUUCAAUGGCUUUCGGAUUCGUUUUGUUCAUUCUUUUCGCAGGUUAGAUAUAUUUUCAAAAAUCUUAUAGAAUCUAAGAUGAAAGAGCUGGAAUUAAUUUUUAUAAGAAUUUUCACAAAAUUGAUUUUGGUUUGAGAUUAAAAUGUCCAAAAUUUCUGAGUUACUUAAGUUCGUUCCACCUUCAUCUUUUCAAAUCCAAUUUGAUUCAGAUGGUGUUCGCGAAACAAUGAAAUAUAAUGGAAUGGAAAGUCAAAUCGCAAGAACCGCUGAAUCCGAUGCCACACAUCAUAUGAGACUUUUCAGAGCCCAAAGAAACUUGUACAUUUCUGGAUUCGCUCUUCUUUUGUUCCUGUAAGUUUUUUUUCUAAUUUAUAAAACAACAUCACAGAGAGUAAACUCUUUUUGCAAUUUUGGAAGUUCCAAAAAUCUCAACAAAAAAACGACGUGGAAAAGUUCUCAUUUUUGCUUAAAAUUGUAUUUACUUAUGGAAUACUGAAACUUUCGAAAACAGUUUUUUUAAAAACUUUUUCAUGAUUUUGUCUUUUCCAGCGUCAUCAAACGUAUAAUGGCACUUUUGGGACGCGGAGCUCAACUUGAAGCAGCCAGCGAAGCCGCAAUGAGACAAGCUGAAUCCGCCUCGAAAACCGCCAGAACAUUGAUGAACGCAACCGAAACCUCUGACGAAGUUGAUGAUUUGAAGAGACAAUUGAAAGAAUUGGGAGACGAAUUGAAAAGUGCACAAACUGAUAGAGAUACUCUCAAAAAACAAGCAAAAGGAUUGGAAAAUGAAUUCAAUCGCGUUUCGGAUUUGUUGGAAGCUUCGAAAGGAGAUGGACCAAAAAAUAAGAAAGACGAUUAA